GUCAGUUGUGGAUUCGUGGAUUGCGCUUGAAGUGAUUUCGGUGAUAAUUCGAAAGCAUUUCUUUAAUUUAAUGAAUAAUUGCGAACGUUUUGUGUUACAAUCAUGAGUGAAUCGCCCAGUUCGGAUCAAAGGAGCAAACGUCGCCGAAUCGAUAAACAUGGUCGCUUUGCGGCCUUGGAACGGCUCAAGAAUCUAAAAGCGGCCGGUGUUAAAAACAAGUACGAGGUUGACGAAAUAAAGAAUGUUUACGACGAGGUUGAUGAGAAUGAAUACGCCAGGAUUGUGAACGAACGGGCUCGGGAUGACAUCGUUGAGGAUGAUGGAUCCGGUUACGGAUACGUCGAAAAUGGUCUCGAAGUGUUCGACGAAGAUGAACUGGAAGCGGAGAGUUCCAGUCGAAUGAAGGAUAAAAGCAAGAAGGGCAAGAAACGAGCUCGCGAAGAAUCCGCCCCGGUUGCCGGUCGUAAGUCACUGAAGAACUAUUUCAACAAAGAACGUGAAACGAAGGUUAAAAUCUCCGACGACGAUGUGUUGGCGGAUAUUCUGGGAGAGAUAAAAUCCGAUGUGCAAGGAAAUGAGAAUGGUGUUGAGUACGUUAAAGAAAUUCGACCGAUGAAAAUGGUCCCGAAAGCGAAACCCUUGGACAAGGAAGAAGAAAUACGGAAGUAUAUGGAAAAUUUUAGUAAGAAUAUUAAAAAAACGGAAAAAGUGGAGGAACAUGACAGCGAUGAAGAAAUGCUGGAUCGAGUUUUGAAACAGAGCUCCACGGAUAAUAAGCAGAAAGCUAAGCCUAAACCGGUGGUGCCUAAACAAGAUGCACCGGAAAAGAUCAAUCGAGAGCCGCUUAAGUCAGAAGCAGUAACAGAAAUUAAAACCGAACCUCCACCCGUCGAAACGGAUAUGUCACAGAUAAACGAAGAUUUUCUAGAUGAUGAUUUCGAUCUGACCGGUGUUUGUAGCCAAAGUCAACCUACGCAGAAGCGUUCCAUGAGUCCAGUACCCGAGCCGGUAAAAUCGGAGUCAGAAAAGCUUCUGAGCGGCUGGGGAAACAUUUGCGUCGCGGAACUGGAAGACGAAAUGGUGUCCGAACUGGAUAAAAGUGUUACGGAAGGAUCACUCACCGCGGAAGAAGAUGAUAAAACGAUGCGAUUUUGGUUCUGGGAUGCUUGGACGGAUCCUACCAAAUGUCUGGGGGAGAUUUACAUCUUUGGCAAGAUCGCAACCGGCAGAAAAGCGAACGAAUUCCAGUCGGUUUGCAUCCACGUGCAGAAUGUGGACCGUUGUAUGUACAUGCUGGCGCGAGAGAAAGAGUUUGACGUUCGGAGUGGAACUGAAACGGAAAAAUGUGUCAGCAUGUUGGAUGUGUACAACGAGUUUUGCGAUGACAUUAGUUCCCGACUGAAAGUGAGCAAGUAUAAAACGAGAGUAGUCACGAAAAACUUUGCCUACACGAGUGGAAUGAGUGAGCUGCAAGUUCCGAGCCAGUGCGAAUAUCUGGAAGUUCGCUAUAGCUCGAAACUGCCAGCACCACCUUUGGACCGGAAAUACAGAACCAUUGCGCAUAUUUUCGGCACCAACACCAACGUCGUUGAACAGUUUCUUCUGGAACGUAAGGUGAAAGGUCCUUGCUGGAUGGAGUUGAAAAAUUUUAAGAGGAAUAACAGUCCGCUAAGUUAUUGCAAGGCAGAAUUCAUCGUACCGGACAUUAGUUGUGUGGGUGUGGUCCAGGAUACGACAUCGGUCACCGUUGCAGUCCCUCCGCCGUUGGUCGUUGCGGCCGUGAAUGUGCGAAGUAUACUCAAUAAAGGGGCAAACGAAAUAUCGAUGAUUUCCGUUCUUGUUCACGAUCGAUUCCCGUUGAACAAACCUCCACCAAAUCCACCGUUCAAUCGACACUUUUGCGGAGUCACUCGGCCCAGUAGCACCAGCUGGCCGUACGAUUUCAAUCCGAACGAUCCGAAGAUGAGCACAAAGGUGACUAAAUGUGAGAACGAGCGGACACUGCUGAACUGGUUUCUGUCGAUCUACGGAAAUAUUGACCCGGAUUUAGUUGUAACGCACGAUACGAAUGACUUCCAACUGGAUCUGAUCUGUCAUCGGUUGAUGGCAAUCAAGAUUCAACAGUGGGCUCGAAUCGGCCGGUUGAAGAUGAAGUCUCCCUCCAGUCGCCGGGUGGACGAUUUCUUCAUUGGGCGAAUGAUUUGUGACGUGAAGACUUCGGCGGAGGAACUGGUCAAAUCCCGAAGCUAUGAUCUGAACACGCUGUGCACGGAAGUGCUCAAGAUUCAGGACGGCGAACGGAAGGAUGUUCUGCUGGAUGACAUACCGGGCAUGUUCGAGACUUCGGUCGGUCUGAAACAACUGAUCGGACUGACCAUGCAGGACAACUUCUACACGAUGCGGUUGAUGUGCGAGCUGAACGUGCUUCCGCUGGCACUGCAGAUCACGCAGAUUGCUGGAAAUCUGAUGAAUCGAACCCUGCACGGCGGUCGAGCCGAGCGAAAUGAAUUUCUUCUGUUGCACGCGUUCAAUGAGAAAGAUUACAUCCUGCCGGACAAGGCGGCACGGGCCGGACCAGGUGGUCCGACUCAGGAGAGCACAAACGAAACGGCAGCGGAUCGGCGCAAACCGAAAAACAAAGCGGCCUAUUCCGGCGGUUUGGUGCUGGAACCGAUCAAAGGUUUCUACGAUAAGUUCAUUCUGCUGAUGGAUUUCAAUUCGCUCUAUCCAAGCAUCAUGCAGGAGUACAACAUCUGCUUCACGACGGUGCUACCGCCGGCCGCCGACGAGGAGAAAGGAAGUGCUGUCGUGUUGCAAACCGAUGAGAUGGGCAUUCUGCCGCGGCAGAUCCGUAAACUGGUCGAAAGCCGUAAGGCAGUAAAACAACUGAUGAAAGCACCCGGGCUGGGACCGGAAAUGAAAAUGCAGUACGACAUCCGUCAGAAGGCACUGAAGUUGACGGCCAAUUCGCUGUACGGUUGUUUAGGUUAUGUACGAUCGCGGUUCUAUGCUCAGCACAUGGCGGCGCUGAUCACGCAGAAAGGUCGGGAAAUUUUGAUGAACACCAAGAGCAUCGUCGAGAAGAUGAACUAUCAGGUUAUCUACGGUGACACGGACAGUAUCAUGAUCAACACCAACAGCGUCGAUUACGAUCAGGUGUUCAAAAUCGGGGCCAACAUCAAACAGAUCGUGAACAAAACGUACAAAUGCUUGGAACUGGACGUUGACGGAAUUUACAAGUAUCUGCUGUUGUUGAAGAAGAAAAAGUACGCCGCCGUCUCGAUCGCCAAGGUUGGGGACGAAUUCAAGUGUACCCAAGAGUUGAAAGGUUUGGACAUUGUUCGGCGAGAUUGGUCCAAACUGGCGGUGAUUGCGGGUAAUUUCAUUGUGAACGAAAUUCUUUCCGAUAAACCGGUAGACCAACGGAUCGAAAACAUUCACAUGAAGCUGGAAAAGGUGAAGGAGGACUUGCUGAGUGGGGCAACGUUUCCUUCGUUGCUGGAAAUCACAAAGCAGCUGACGAGAGCGUUGAAUGAAUAUUCGGACACCUCCCAGCUUCCACAUGUGGCAGUGGCAAUGCGGAUGAACAAGGAGCGAAACAGGAAUUUCAAACGGGGCGAUGUUGUUGGAUAUAUCAUUUGCGAGGAUGGAACUUCGUCUGCACCCAUGAAACGAGCUUACCACAUCGAUGAAUUGAAGGAUCCCGCGAACAAGGACAAACUGAAGCCGGAUGUUGACUACUAUCUUUCACAGCAGGUGCAUCCGGUAGCGUACCGUAUCUGCGAGCCACUGGAAGGGACUGACGCUUGCCGGUUGGCAAUUUGUCUCGGUUUGGAUCCCAAACGUUUUCACAGCUUGAGUGCGGCAAGGGACGGAGAAAGUGGCCACGCGGAUGGCGAAACUAUACAGAAAACCGUUACCCAAAAGUAUCGCCUCUGCCAUCGGUUCAAUUUUACUUGUGUCACCUGUAGUGUAAAAAAUCCUGUAGCCAGUGGAUUUCGGCGCGAUGGCGGCCGUCUCAAAUCCGUGUUUGAAAAGUGCUGUAACGAAAGUUGUACUGUGCUACCCAUGCAGUAUCUACCGGCGAUCGUGAAUGAACUAAUCUUGGCUAUCCGUCAAGAUGUGAAGCGAUUCUAUCAACGAUGGAUGGUUUGCGAUAGUCCCAUCUGCAAUCAAAACACCAGACUGUACUCUCAGGUGGCUUCCAAAAACAACCCGAUUUGCCUUCAUUGCCAGAAAGGUUUGCUGGUUCAAUCGUACUCCGAGUCGGAUCUAUAUCUUCAGCUGAAUUACUACAGCUACAUGUUCGAUUUGAACCAAUAUGAAAGCAAAACAACGAAACUUCUGUCCAACGAACUGCGCAACAUUUACACGACCUUGAAGGCAACCGUUGACCGGUUCCUGUCCCGUUCAAAAUACGCCACCGUUAAGCUAUCGACGUUGUAUCUCAAUUACGCCAUCAAUCCAAAUUCGCGACUAUCGAAAAUCUAUCCGGUGAAGGAACUGGCCGAGACAAUCGGAUCGGAAAAAUCGCUUGUACCGGUGACAGGUCCAAAGAUUCAAUGGGAGCACUUUCUCAAUUACGAGUGAAUACUUUGUUCUCUGCGUUUUACUGCUAUGUACUGUAACUAUCUUUCAAAC